GAAAAAGAAACGACAAUUUUAGAAAUAUUUGAGCGAUGAUGUACCUAAUGUUUCAUUUUGAAAUUCCCGCCCUUGCAUGUCUUCCACGCCCAUUGCGCGGUCGUCACUUGUUACGUGAUGAAUACUCGAUUGCGGUAUCAUCAUUUGGAAUCCAUAAGUUUAUUGAUGUAGACAUAUUAGUUCGUUUUUUCUCGCGAAGGUUGUUCCAAAUUUCCAG